AUGUCGUUCUCCUUCUCCCAGGAGACCCGGCGCCGGCGGGUAGCCACUCCCGGAACCGGUUUCAGCUCCACGGGCCGGCGAACGUUUAUGGGGUACUGGGUGCCUCUAGCUCUGACUGUUGGUGUCGCGGCAAUUAGUAUUGCUGCAUGGAUACGGAGUGAGCGAAAUGACGACGAGGAGGACGGUGGUUAUGGAAGAGACUAUCCAGAGGGUGAGGGAGAUGUCCCGCCUGGCGAAGCGGGCGCAGAGUAUGCCAGGACUACAGCAACCGAUGUGCGCAGCGAAACGCGCCAGGAUGAUAGCAGUGUGAUUGCGCGCAUGCAAGGCGCAUUGCGCCGCACACCCAGUCCGCAGCAGAUCUUCGACGGCGCAAGCAGACGGGUUGUUGCAGGCAUGGCUGCUGCCGGCGCCAUGGUUGGAGGCGCGCUCGGCUCUAUCAGAGAGGAAGGGAGAGGCGAUUUUGAGGACCACUCGCGAUGGUCCGAGGAAGCGGACUCCCGGGCGAGGAAUGCUGCUCAGACCGGUGUGCUCUCUUCCCGCGGCGCCGCUGGGCCCUCCAGAAAGAAGACUGUAGCCAUUGUCGUGUCGUCUGUAUCGUCACAAGAUGAUACGGAAGAUCUCGCUUCGUCGGAGCAUGCUUCGAUACUCUCCCACCUGCCUCAACACGUUGACCCUGAUGUUGCCAAAGUCUUUGUCUUGAUAUAUGCUCCCGAUCUGAAACACUCGAUUGGGCCGCGGUCCCCUUCUCGAGCCACGCCUUCUAUCGCUUCGUCCUAUUCGAAUAUCGGUCAUGAAGAAGCAGCAAGUUCUAGCGAGCUCCCAGCUACGGACAUGUCCACGCUUGAACCCCGUCCUGCCGACGACCUCGAGGCGACAAGCCCACUCUUCAAGACCCUCUACAGUCAAGCUCAGACUAUUGUGGAUAAGGAGUCUAUGAUCAUGGUAUUCAGUACCCCCACUGGUCAUGUCCAUAUCUUGCGGCAUCUCUCACCAGAUAUCGUGUACAUCCAAGAGUCCUUGGCGGGCCAGGAAGGCGAGGCUGUUCAGCAGCUUUCUGGGUGGGUGAGACAAGUAGUCGUUGUCGUGGGUGAUGAAGGAGGCCGUGGGGGCUUGAUUGACAGUGAGGAUGAAUCGGCCCUAGCAGACCGGGGAGAAAAGUGGUGGCAGCGAGAAGGUGUCACUGGGAUCGGAAAACGGAUCGAUGUGGUGGAUAGCCUUCGUACAGGCGAUGACUGGAGACGCAGGGUUUUGGGACACGAUUAA